AUGGUCCAAAUUGACCUGGCGCAUGCUCGAAUUCCACACGAACAGAUCGGCGUGCCGAUUACCGAGACUUCGUUCGACCUGCAACCGCACCACCGUUCACGUCGCUCACAUUCGUCGGUUCGUGGUACUGCUCGUCUUUCGCUGUCAUUUCUUGGCCAAUCGGAGCAGAAUUCGUCAUCGCAAGGAGGCAGUGCUGCCGAAUCGGAGGAAGCCGAAUACGGUUAUGCAAGUGCCAGCAGUCAGGAAAGCCAACAAGGCAGUUCAUCGCCACUUCCUGAAGAAGCCGAUGAAAUGCUACGCGAAGAUGCACAGCGUCGAAAUUACGAAAGCCGUUGGCAGGGUUCCAGCGAAGAAAAUGUUGAGGAUGAUAUUGCUGCCGUAAGUCAUACACCAUUUUUUUCAAAUCUCUAUUUUCUUUUUUUUUGUCGUUUCUUCUGA